GCCCUAAUUCAUGGAUACAUGUGAACAUAUGCUCUUAUCUCACAGGUCCUGGUCUGUAUCUAGGUUUUGGGACUUUGUUAGGAAGUGAACCACCUGUAAUGGAAUUAUAGUAUCCUAUGAAAGGAAAUGUCUCAUUGAGUAAUGAGGCUGAUGGGUUGAUAUUCCAUGCCUGAUGUCUUUGGACACAGUACGAAGUGAAGUAUGCUGAGAUGGUACUAGUUGUGUUGAUCAGUGAGCUGACCAUGAUAUCCACCAGAGUGAUGGAUGUUAAACUACGGGAGACUGCAGAAGGUCUUGGGGAAGAUAGCACAGGAAAGAAGAAAUCCAAAUUCAAAACGUUUAAAAAGUUCUUUGGGAAGAAGAAGAGAAAAGAAUCACCUUCAUCCGCAGGAAGUAGCUCCUGGAAGCAGAGUCAGGCAAAGAGCGAAGUCAUUGCCAUUGAGGCACUGCCAGUAGGCUACGACUCAGAGGAUGAGCUUGAGGAGUCCAGAGGAGCACUGGGCAACCGGGCCCUCUCACACGACAGUAUUUUCUUUCCUGAGUCGGGACAGGACCCUUCUCGGCCAGUGCGUGUGUUUUCCCAGGAAAAUGUAUGUGACCGAAUCAAAGCUCUACAGUUAAAAAUACAGUGUAAUGUGAAAAUUGGGCCACCACCUCCCAUGGGGGGCCUUCCAGUCAAGCGGGGAGACGAUGCUGGCAUGAGUUCUGAGGAUGACGGGCUGCCCAGGAGCCCCCCUGAAAUGUCUCUGCUGCAUGAUGUCAGUUCCAGCACAACUAUAAGGGUCUCUUUAGCUCCCUCAUCUAGGUCGCUAUCCCCAGAACAACUCUUCUUCAGACAGAUGAGCGAAGCCAGUGUCUCUCCCAGGACCUCGGACAGCAGCAUGGCACCUGUGGCUGAUUUUGAUUACCCUCCUGAAUUUUCUUCCUGCUUGGACAAUUCCGCAGCUAAGCACAAGCUCAUGGUCAAGCCUCGCAACCAGCGGUCGAGUAAAAUGCGGCGACUGUCUUCGCGAGCACAAUCCGAAUCCCUGAGUGAUCUGACAUGCACCCCAGAGGAGGAAGAAUGUGAAGAGAAGCCAUUAUCCAAAGUCAGCACAGAAGAGAAGCCCAGUCUUGGACAGCAGGAUGGGGACAGAAGCCCUGAGCUGAGGGUGACAGCCAGCAUACUACAACCUGGGGGGGUCCGAGCCAGACGGGCACGCUUGCAGCACUGUCCAGCACUUAGUGCCAGUGCUGAGGAGGAAAGCACCCCCGGGGUUGACUCCUCUAGCCGCCCAGCCACCCCAGAGAGCCCUGAGCCUCUGUCAGUCCCAGUUCCUUGCUCAGAGUCCCUGUCCCCUCCAGAAGACAGCUCACACCCUCACACAGAGAGCGAGAGCGAAAGCCAGAGAGAAGAGCUGUCCCUGGAAAGCACAAGUGCCCCAGCAGGACACAUAGCUGAUGAGGUGGCCAGUGCUUCUGGGGAUGUGGAGAGUGGGUUAUCUCCCUGCACCCCUGAGGGGGACAUGGCUGCUCCUGAAACUGACCCCACCACCACUUUGGAGACACCUUCAGGUCCAGAUGGGCCAGAGCAAAGUGUUCAGAUGGAGGUGGAGCUGAUACUGGAAGCGCCCAAUCUGCAGGGAUCAGAGAAAGAAUCUACUGAAGCCCCCACUCCAAGCCCUCUGGCCCCUAAGAGCUGUUUGAAACACAAGGCCGAGGUACCAAGAGUGAGCCUCAGUGUGUCUCCCACUCAGCCCGUUGCAGAGGAGUCUAGAGAAGAGCCCAGCCCCUACCCUCUGGACAAAGAGCCCACUCCCUCAGAGCCCCCCAAGGUUGAGCAGGAGGAUGCCCCACAGGGAGAACCUGAGAAGGUAGCCCCAGAGCAGAAAAUUGAGAGAGGGGGCACCGAGCUGCAGAGCGUGAAGAAGUUCUCAGUAUCCUCAGGCCGGGUGUGGUCCCGCACAGGCAAUGCCCACCCACCAGAGCACACAGGGCUCACAGGACUCUCCACUGUCCGGCUGCCCCUUCUGCGGAGCAGCCUGGCCUGGAAGAGUGAGGCAGCACUUGAUCUCCAGGUGCUUCCUGAGUACCCGGACAGAAAGAUGGACACUCAGAAGCCACCUGCCCCAGCUGACUGUGGCUCACAGGACUCAGGGGACAGUUUGGCUGGCUCAACUGGGUCAGACAAGACUCCCCAGGAUGCAGUAACCAUGCCAGGCACAAGAGAGCCCUGCCUAGCCACUCAGGAGUCACCCUUGUGUGAGGACAUACACCCCUUCCCUGUCAAGCUCCGGUCCACUUCUCUCUCUUUCAAACACAGAGAUGCAUCUUCUCCAGAGGCAAAAGCAAUGAAGAGAUACAGUGCUGAGAUCAGAUUAGAAAAAGGAGGGUUGACUUUGCUCUCAAAAGAUGAGAAAGGCUCAAUGGGGAUAGCUUCUGCUUCUCGGGGUGGCAGGUCCCCCAGUGACCAAAGAAAGGGGAAGGGGAAGGCCCGGCCCUCAGAACCACUCAGCUUCAAACCACCCCUGCCCAGAAAGCCACUCCUGCAGACACUCACCCUCCCACACCUUCCUGCACCCCCUGACUUGGAUUCAGGAGAGCUGGAGAAGGUUGUGCCACCCCUGGGCCCCAGGAAGGAGAGUAGGACUGCAGAGAAGAAGGUACCCCAUCGAGGAGCUGAGAAGGGUCAGCCUCCUGUAGCAGUAGGACCUGCAGCCAACAACCAGUCUGCACCGCCCUGGAUCACCAUCACUCGGCAGAAGCAACGAGGGGGCCGGGACCUACUACCUGACCAGGAAGACAAGCCCAGGGCAAGAGCCCUGAAAUCUGAAGCAGGAAAGCCAGCCAAGGUGCCCGAGAAACCCCAGGAGCCCAUGAAGCAAGUUGACUUUGUCCGCAGCAAGUCCUUCUUCAUAACUCCUGUUAAACCUACUGGGGACAGAAAGCAGGGGACAAAACUCCACCUCCAGGAGGGACUGCAAAGAGGAAUAUCAUUGUCUCAUCAGAACUUGGCAGACCAGUCAGCUGUGAUGACAGAAAAAGAAUUGCAUCAACUAAAGAGAGCCAGUUAUGCCAGUACAGAGCAACCUUCCUGGAUGGAACUUGCCAGAAAGAAAUCUCAGGCUUGGAGUGACAUGCCACAAAUUAUAAAAUAAGUUGGCAGUGAACUAAUAAGGAACAUCUAAUAGCUUCGUGGACCACUAAGUUUAAAACUGCCUCUAAAUCAAGGCAAACAAACUAUGAAAUUUAAGAAUGAUUUUAUCCCCAAGUUAUGGGAGAGUGAACUUGGAGGAAGCAGAAGGAGCCAGGCAAGUAAGAAGAACAGAUACACAGCCAUAGUCCUGGAACCAAGGAAAGCUCAAAGUGAGAACACCACUGGAAAGGGCCAGAAACAAGGUCCUGUGCUCAAGAUGUGAGUUUGAGCCUUUUCAGAAUCCCCAUUGAUAAGGAAAGCUCAGACACAGACAGCAAUGACAUGUGGGUGCAUAAAGAGGAUGUAAUUGCAAGACCAGAAGGGAAGACAUUCCAGGGGGAUGUGCGCCUGUGCUUCCACUUGAGAUCAACUCAUGUAUCUGGUUGUCAUCUUGCCUGCAGAGCCUGUCUUCUUUUAUGUUUACUAUUAGGCAUGAUAUUUAUGGUAAAACAAGGAUACCUUUUCCAAGAGCAGCUACAAGACUAUCAUUUUUUCCUGAAGAGAGCCACUCUGAGGAGUAGAAGGAACAUAGCAGGGCUCAUUAAUUCAUAGACCGUUUCCAAAAAUAAUUUUUAAAUUUCCCCACUAGGCAUCUGUGUCCUUAACCAUUGCACAACAAAUUGCCUGUUCAAUAAAAAGUUUCAAAUGCA